AUGACUUUGAUUUCUGCUCCAACUCAGUGCUUUGGGCAUGGAAAGCGACAACGUACGAGCGUUGCCACGGCAGAUGGCGCAAGUCGAGCACCCGUGGACGAACCAAGAGCACCCGAAGAGGAACCAGGCAAUGCGACAGAAGAGGCACAGCUUCAUCCUGACGAUGUCAAGCCUGAUCGCAAAGAGCUUCAAGGGACGGAAGGUUCGCGAGAGAUGCUGGGGAAGCGACCCACUGAGGUAGCGGAAAUGGCUGCGAAUGAAGAGGUGGUGGGAAACAACCUGAAAGAACUGCCAUUCAAUGAAACACCGGGUCACGAGUUGGAAACGACCGAGAAUGAGUUGGCAGCGCUCGACAGACUGGCGAGGCUGACAGACUCGACAACUCUGGUUCACAGCAGUGCGAAGACCGACGAUUCGACUGAAGCUUGA